GGCUCAAGGCGUUCCUUUCACCAUGCUGUCCAGAUUCGCCAGCACUGCUGCUUCCAGGGAGCUGACCACUGAAGAAAUGCUGCGGUGGAUCCUGCAGGGAGAAAGAAAAGAUGCAGUUGCCCAAUUAUAUCAGCAGCUCCGGAGAGAGAGCGAUGAAACAGAGGAGAAUCAGGCCUGCACAUCUGAAGAAGUGGAGGGCAGCAUUACAGACUCAGCGCCAGCUACCCGCCCAGCAAAAAAGAAAAGAGGAGCAGCAACUGGCAGCAAACCUGUCACGCGGGCUGCCACCAAGCUAAGAAAGCGUGCAGUGUCCGUCGCUGGGAGGAAGGGAAAAGCGGUCCAGCAGCCAGAGCAACAAGGGCAACAAGUACAGCCAGAGCGGCCAGAGCAGACGGCGCAUCCUGUAAACUGGCCGUCAACAUCACCUCCACGUCUAGCUAUGGGAGGUGAUGUCGGCGCAGUGCGCAUGCGCACUCAAUCAGUGGAGCCGAAAUUAAAAGGCACAGGAUCCUCAUCUCUGGACUGCACCGCACCUUCCACAUCUUCCCAAUGGCCACCACAAGAGGGCGCUGGAGUGCUAGCAAGGGGACAAGCAGGAGCGUCGGGGCCACUUCAAGAGUCAAACACCUUGCAAGAAUUGGAACAAAGGAUCGUUGUAUUCAUAUUGGGACAUUCCUUCAUUUAUGCAGCACAGAGGAGAGCCCUAGACAGAAGCUAUGGCAUCAAUCUUGGUUUUAACAAAGAAGAGGUUAUCAUUCACUGGAUGGGGAUCAGGGGGGCCAGGUGGUCUGAUUUAAUUCCAAUUUUGUCUCAAAUGUUGUCAAAACAUGGAGCACCUAAUUUAGUUCUUAUUCAUUUGGGGGGCAAUGAUUUAGGCAAGUUUAAAGCAAUCGAACUUAUUAGAGCUAUUAGAAAGGAUCUAGCCCUUGCACAUUUUCAUUUACCUGGUAUUUUAUUUCUGUGGUCUGAAAUGGUGUCACGCAGAGUUUGGACCUUAACAAAAGAGAAAAAACCAUUAGAAAGAUGCAGAAAGAAGGUAAAUUUCGCAAUUGCUAAGUUUAUGAAGUCUCUGAACAUGUUAUCGUACAGGCAUAUUGAUCUGGAGGGAGGUGGAGAUGGCUUGUAUGGUAUGGACAACGUGCACUUAUCUAAAAUCGGUUAUGACAUUUUCAACAUGGGAUUGCAGAAUGCAAUUGAUAUGGCUUUGGUGAAGUGGAGGGGAGGCCUAAGCUGAAUUAGGGUUAAAUUCAGCUUUGGCAUGGAGGGGUUUUGUUAUCAAAAGGAAUGUGAUGGUUAAAUGAAAUUUUAUGCACUAUAAUUGAUUUCAAUAAGUUAGGCGGCUUGUGAAGGUGAACAAGCUGGCUAGGUUCCUGGUGGAUGUGCAUUUAAUACUUAAUAAAAAGCUGCGGCCUUUCUCCACUUCA